AUGGGUGACAUGCUCAAAUGCCUCAAGUGCAACCGAUGGUCGACUGAGAAGCAUUUUGACAACCAUUGCCUUGAAUGUAUUGUUUCCCACAUUAAAACCGGUCCCUCCCAAGCAAACCAAUCAUCCCCUUCUGGUCCCUCAGCUCCUCAUACCCAAAUCCUCCCCAGCCGGAUCCACACCGCUGGCCCAGCUUACUCUGCGGCUCCACGACGUGUUUCAACUCCUCAUGAUACUGGGACUCAUGUUUUCUACCGAGGAAUCGCCAAAGAGCUCCGUGGGGUCAAAAAACGCGAGGCUUCAGCUACCCAAUCUAGCCGUGCCAGUACUUCUCGCACCCCCGAUCCCAAGCAAUCACCUGAAAAGCGGUUUGUGAAAGCCGGUGUCACAGUUUAUAUUGAUGAUCAACCACAAAAGAAGAUGGGGAUCAUUCCAAAGGUCUUGGAGGUGGACACCAAGAAGCCCAACUUCUAUGAAGACUUCCGACAUCAUCUAUGGACACUAUUUUCUGAAGAAAUCCUAGCCAAAACCGAAAUCACUUUUCCCCCUGAUCCAGAACAAUACACUUGCUUGGGAACACUCAAUUCCAAGAUUGAAAACCAUGGCACCCUCUUAGAUCUUGCCCGAACUGGAAAGACAAUCAAGAGUGCCGCAGUCAUCAAUUUAUUUUAUCAGCAUCCCAUCAAAGCCUUUCCGGAUACUGUGCUACCAACCGAGACACGUACUAACCGCAAGAGAAAAUAUAAUGCAGAUCCACCCAAGACAUCCAAAUCUGCCACAUGGGCCCUUGGUGGGAAAAUUGCAACCAAACCAGUUCGGGGACCAGCUGGCUUAUCAGCACAAGUCAACACCCUCAGCCACCCAGUGAGUCAGUCAAUCACCAUGAAGACUGAUGGAUGGGUCGUAGCGCAAAGGUUACAUUUCUAUACGAUUGAAGAACAGCCCCCACCGGAAGCCAACCAGAAGUCUUAUGUUAUCAAUGAUUACAUCCACGCUGUCACCUUCCCUUUCGACAUCAAAGUAGAUAGGAAAAAGCAUGUAGGCGAGGGUAGUAGUCGGCAAUCUUAUCCAGCUCAAGUACGCUCAUCAGAAAAUGGGCAAGAGGUCAUCAACAAAUGGGUUGCCAAGAUUCGUUAUUCUGACCCCCAACCGAAUGUAUCUAAUCAUGCCAGUGAUGCCAUCACCUAUCGGGGUUUUGGCCUGAUCCUGGCAGAAUUUAAGGACCUCAUCAGUGAAAAACUUGAUGGUCUGCUGAAGAUUAAAGGAAGUCAAAUCGAACUUGUGAGACACUGUGUUGUUGUGGUAGGGGAAAUAGAUAAACCCAAUGAAGUCUACUUUUUUGAAAGUCACCUCGAUGGAAAUUUUGUCAAAUAUUCGAGCAAUCUAAACUUCCAUGUAUCACCAAACCAGAUGGGAAUGGAUCCCGAUUACCUUUCACUCAUGAAUGCAUUGACACAUUGGUCAUACAAUCAGUCAAGAGGGCAGCGAUUGGUUUGUGAUCUUCAGGGCUUUGGUCCCAUCCUCACUGAUCCGCAAGUGGUUGAUCUGAAUGCUAACGCUUGGGCUGAGGGCAACAGUGCUGGUACAGGAAUCGAUGCAUUUUUGAAUGAACAUGUCUGUUCAACAGUUUGUAAUAUUCUGAACUUGGGUCAGGGAGGUAAGGCAGUAGAUUUGAAGUGGAAACGUCCCACUCCUCGGCAACCACUUGCAUUCAACAGGAUCCUUGCCUCAAAGAAUCGAGGAGUCUUCAGUGGCUCAGAAGCCUCUGAUGAUAGUGACUUACCGGAAAUCCUUUCGUGA